CUCCACCACUCUCUCACACUCACUUCUUCCUUUGCUUUCUCAUUCCCUACAAUUCUUCCUACAUCUCGUCACCAUGUCUGGGAUCCAGCAGGCCAUGUCUCUCCUCAUCGCCUCCUUCCACAAGUACUCUGGGAAGGAGGGGGACAAGUUGACCCUCAGCAAGGCCGAGCUGAAAGAGCUGCUCCAGGCUGAACUAGGGGAGAUGCUGGGGAAAGCCAGUGACAAGUCAGCAGUGGACAGAAUCUUCAAGGAUCUGGACUCUAACAAAGACAACACUGUUGACUUCAAGGAGUAUGUCACCCUCGUGUCCUGCCUCACAGUGAUGUGCAAUGACUUCUUCGUAAAGAAGUAGAGCACGUACACCACCUAGUGGCCGUAAUACAAAACUGCAGGAGGAGACCACUCAAUUUAACAGAGAUUUAACAGGGAAGAGAUACAUUUGGAGGACAAUGACAUGCAAACACAGUGAAGCAGUCUAGAGUAGUAAUAUUACAGUAAUAUAUAAUAGUCAGGUUGAAUCUGGGAAGUUGUCCUUGUAAUGCAAAGGCCAUCGAUAAAGAAAUUAGAUGAGUAUGUUCCA